AACGGCGGGGACGCGGCCCCGGAGCUCUGCACUGGCCGGGGUAGCUCCCUGAGCGGCUGAGCGGGGAGAGAUCGGGCCUCUGGACCCGGAGGCCGGAGUGAAACUGAGGACGUGACCUACCCAAAGUCACAGAGUGGUAGAGUUGGCUAGGAACCCAAGCUUGUGACUGAAGAGACUGUGAUCUUUCUGUUACAUUCUUUGGCAGCAGAUCCUAAGAGCUUUGUAAAUUAUCUUGUGGGGAAAAAAUGCCUAAAGUCAAAAGAAGCCGGAAAGCUCCACCAGAUGGUUGGGAAUUGAUUGAACCAACAUUGGAUGAAUUAGAUCAAAAGAUGAGAGAAGCUGAAACAGAACCUCAUGAGGGAAAGAGGAAAGUGGAAUCUCUGUGGCCUAUCUUCAGGAUCCAUCACCAGAAAACCCGUUAUAUUUUUGACCUAUUCUACAAGCGGAAAGCUAUAAGCAGAGAAUUAUAUGAAUAUUGUAUUAAAGAAGGCUAUGCAGAUAAAAACCUGAUCGCAAAAUGGAAAAAGCAGGGGUAUGAGAAUUUAUGCUGCCUGCGGUGCAUUCAGACACGGGACACCAAUUUUGGAACAAACUGCAUUUGCCGAGUCCCUAAAAGCAAGCUGGAAGUGGGCCGGAUCAUUGAGUGCACUCACUGUGGCUGCCGGGGCUGCUCUGGUUGAGGCCCUCAGGCUCUGACCCCUCUCUACCCUGGACUUUGGACUUCGCAGGACUCUGCCACCCUCAGAGAAAGCAGCUUUUCUUGCGGAGCAGUGCCCCACGCCCAUGCUGGAGCAUGGCCUCUCCAGGUGAAGGCUUUGGGGUUCUUCAUCUGUGAUUUGUAGAAAUAAAACUUUGAAAUCUCUUGGGCCCUGCAUUCAUUC